GUAAGGAUAUACAUGUACAGAUGGCUCUUCCACACACACCACCGCAACCAUAUACAUGGCUCUGGCCACCUGCCUCACCUCUAUCCUCCUCCAGGAUGACCACGAUCACCACCUCCGGUACUCCCACCCUGACCACCAUCACCUCUACCUUAGUGGCCCUCGUAACCACCUCCACCACCUCCCUGACCUCCCGUCACCACCGUUGUACCCUCCUCCACCACCACCACUUCCCUGACCCCGUCGUCACCUCCAUCGUCUCCGUCAUCACCACCUUCGUCCUCACCGCUACCCUCAUCCUCUCCGCCUCUGCCUCCACGUCGGCCUCUACCUCACCACCACCUCUAGCUCCUCUACGGCCGCGACCCCUCCCCCCUCGCCGUCCAACCAUUCCCAACCCUUCCCACCAAACCCCAUUUCCGAUUCCCGUCCUCAAAAAAGAAUCAAAAGACCCUGUGGUUCAGUUUCUGGAAGGAGAACUUCUCAUAGUGUGUUUGUAUUCCAAUCCAGGUGGACGCUUUGCCUCAAGGGAAAAAAUGAGCCUUCUAAAGAACUGCCGAAGUUUUCUGUCAAACUUUUUCUUCAUUCCAGUGGGCAUGUUGCAGCGAAAUUCCAAUAUGACCAGGGGCUAUGUCUUUGACCUUGAACAAGUUCCUGCAUACUCAUGCUUUAUAGGCUAUGUUUCAUGGCAGGUAAUAAUUUCUGCUUUUCGGGAUUGGCUGUUUUGA